AUGGCAAAGAAGAAGCAUGCCACCCCACACGCCAUGCACAUGGGCAAUGACUUGCUUCUCGACGUGGACCGGACCAUCGACAAGAAGGACCCUCUCUCUCUGCAGGCCCCCGUCGGGAAAUGCAACAGGCCCGGAGAAGAUGGGCAUAGCGGCCAUCUCGUCAUCAUUGGCCCCGGAUUGGCUGCUGAGAGGGAAACUACAUACCCAAGCUCCAAGAACACAGAAGAGAAAAGAAGAAAAGCAAAUUGGCCUUGUGGCUGGCACCAAUCUGAUUCGGCAAUCGUGCACUGCCUUAUGCUGGGCUGCGCUGGCCAGCUCGUACGCUUUGGCUACCCUAUGUACCUUGUCGACUUGGGGACUGGGUACCCAAGUGUCCCGAGGGUUUCUGGGAUGGUGGUAGUAAUAUGGCGCCUCCUCUCCUCGUUGAACUGCGCCCUAUCCGUGGAUAUUCUGCAUGCCUUGCAGCCUGACGAAGGACGAUAUGCCCCGUUGACUCGCAUACGACCACCGAAUUACACCGUGCCACCACCCUCCUCAACUAAAUACUAA